UAUUAUCAAACAUUCGUCAAAACGACUAAAAGAUGCUCAGGAGUUCCCCCAUCGAUUUUAACAUCAUGCCAAACAAAAAGCCUUUUCGUGUGUACGAGGAUCCUGAAGACAGAGAGGAGCCGCAAUGUUGUGAUGGCGAUGGUCUCUGUCCACCCUGUAUUGAAGGAAAUACAUCUCGCCGUUGCUGUACGCCAGAAUGCAAAGGAUGUCCGAAUUGUGGUGACCUUUUUCGUCAAAGGUUGGAACAGAAGCCAGGUGUAUUAACUGAUGGUGCUAUUAUGAAUUUCACCAAAUCAGCAUCGACAUCAGAUUUGCUCUUCCAGGUCUCUGCAAACAAUGAAAUCUCGAACGCUACAAACGGCAGCCAACCUCAAUCUAUUAGGACUAUAAAUGCGGCUACAUCUUCGUCUUUCUCAAAACUUUGUGAUGAUGAAAAUGUUACUCCUUCAAAACUUAGAUAUCAAACGUUAUAUCACUUGUCUACCAGAGGCCCUUUCGAUCAACAACACAGUUCGGAGGCUUCUGAGCCCGCUAUGCAAACUCAGCAACCUUACCACAACAUCAACAGCCCAUCUUUGACUGGCAGCCAAGAUUCGCUGAUAGCAAUUUCACCAACCAGACCAUUAAGGGAUCAACAACGUAGCCGUAGAGCUUCUAAGGCCGCUUUGAGAACGCAUGCUGAAAAAUUAAGAGCUGCCUUGGCGUGUCCUGUCGAUGAACUUGCCCCAGAAAAGCCCAUGUCUUCGAAAAAGGCUCCACUGAAAAACAAGAUAGAAUCCCUUUGGAGGAAGAUGAAGGUAAAGUGGAAUAUUGAUUUAAUGCAUGACAUAUAAUACUAACCUUUUUCCAUAGCACGAGGUUAACGGGUAUUUUAAAGAAUUCCCGCGCGAUGAUCAGUUAACAAAUGGGAACGCGGCAAAGGUAAGUUUCCGCCGCUUUUUUCUCCAGAAACACGCCAUUCAAUAUUCCAGUCUACGAUGUAUGGUUCAAAUCCCACGUCCAACUUUCAUCGCCAUAGCAUUUGUCAAAUAUCAAACUUGCUUCAAACCCCCGAAAACUCACAAACUAAUAUCCGCAUAGUCGCCAUCUGCAGAUAAUAAACCAGGCCGGAAUUAAGUGAGGAAACAUAUUGGAGCAGGAGGAAACCUGCUGUUUAUACAGCGAUUACUUUAGUGGAGCUUGUUGAAGGAAGAAUAGUGUAUAUAAUGUACUCAGCCAGCGUUUAAGCUUUAAUAGUGAUGACGGCUCUUUCUUGA